AAUUAUGACUGCGGUACCCUUUACGAUAUCAAAACCCCUCCCUCUCCUUGUUUGUUCUAGCUCCUUCAAUUCCACUCUUUCACCGCCAAGAAGUUUUCUUUUUUCUUUUUGGUUUUUCUUUGUUAUAAUGGCUGAGGAUCAUAUGAAUCUAUCAAUAAACGGCCAGUCUCAAGUUCCUCCGGGCUUUCGGUUCCAUCCAACUGAGGAGGAGCUUCUCCAUUACUAUCUGAGGAAGAAAGUGGCCUUUGAGAGGAUUGAUCUUGAUGUGAUUCGAGAAGUUGAUCUCAAUAAGCUCGAGCCAUGGGAUAUUCAAGAGAAGUGCAAGAUAGGUUCCACCCCACAAAACGAUUGGUACUUUUUCAGUCACAAAGACAAGAAGUACCCGACCGGAACUCGAACCAAUCGGGCAACUGCUGCCGGGUUUUGGAAGGCCACAGGGCGGGACAAGAUCAUCUACAGCGGCUUUAGAAGAAUUGGGUUGAGAAAGACGCUUGUGUUUUACAAGGGGAGAGCUCCUCAUGGGCAAAAGUCGGAUUGGAUCAUGCAUGAAUAUAGGCUUGAUGAAAGCAACACCCAUGACACCACCGUUUGUAAUUCAAUGGCCGAGUCAAUGGCGGAAGAUGGGUGGGUGGUAUGCCGAGUAUUCAAGAAGAAGAAUUAUCAGAAAGCCUUAGAGAGCCCUAAAGCCUCCUUCUCCAUGGAAUCAUCAAGCAACCAAAUACACAGUUCCAGAAACGAUGGAGUGCUUGAUCAGAUACUCAUGUACAUGGGAAGGACUUGCAAGCUCGAAAACCAUGACCAAUCCUUGAAUAACUUAUCAGAAAGAUUUAUGCAUCUCCCAAGGCUCGAGAGCCCAACUCUUCCAACUUUUGAUCAGGACCGUAGCUUCAAAGCUUGCUACCAGGCCAUUGAUGAGAUGCUCAUAGACACUCCUUCUUCAACAAACCAAGCAAGUAAUGGUUGUGACAAUAAUGACCCAGUUGAAGAUCAUGAUGAGUACCCCAAAACCAGGCUAAAUGACUGGGCUACCCUUGACCGCCUUGUGGCAUCUCAGCUGGGUCAACUCAACGGCCAAGAUCAAGAGACAUCAAAGCACAACCUGUCAUGCUUUGGUGAUCCAAACAUGGCUUUUUGUUCUUCUCCUCCACAUGAUCAUGAUCAUGACCAUGACGUACAACUAUCAUAUCCAUACCUACGUACAAGUAGAUCCCAUCACCAAUCUGAAGUCUACAGCAACGAGAAUGAUCUUUGGAACUUCACCAAAUCGCCGUCAUCGCCGUCGUCGUCAGACCCACUGUGCCACUUGUCGGUAUAAGGGAAGCACUUGGACCGACAUAUAUUCUAUAUACAUAAUACAAUAGUAGCUCUUAAUGCUUAAUUAAGAAGUACAUGUAGGGCAGUACGUAUAUGUUUACAUGAGAAUAAUAUAUACUUGUGACCAAUAAUAAAAAAAUUUAAAAAAAGGAUUAAAUAAAUUAGGUGGUAAUUGAGAUA